CACAUAUUGAAGAAACAAUAAAGAACUACAGAGAUUUGUUGAAACUCUGGCUACUGAUACGUACUGAUCAGAAAGAAUAGAUCAGAGUUGAAGUCAUGAUGUCCAUGAAGAUAUCGUGGCUAUUUCACAGCUUGUUGGUGUUCAGCUUGUCUCUGGCUCUAAUUGGCUUCGUUCAUGGCGGCAACGUAACGUAUGAUGGCAGAUCUUUGAUCAUCAAUGGCGAACACAAGCUUCUCUUCUCCGGCUCAAUUCACUAUACUCGUAGCACUCCAGAUAUGUGGCCACAUUUGAUAGCCAGAGCCAAAAUGGGAGGAAUAGAUGUAAUCCAAACCUAUGUGUUUUGGAACCUUCAUGAGCCACAGCAAGGACAUUUUGAUUUUAGGGGAGGACGUGAUUUAGUUCUAUUCAUUAAGGAAAUCCAAAAACAGGGUCUUUAUGCAUGCCUUCGAGUGGGACCCUUCAUCGAGGGUGAAUGGUCUUAUGGGGGUUUACCAUUUUGGUUGCAUGAUGUUCCGGGCAUUGUGUUCCGAACUGAUAAUGAACCAUUCAAGUUUCACAUGCAAAGGUUUGCAAAGAAGAUAGUCGACAUGAUGAAAUCAGAGAGACUGUAUGCUUCCCAAGGAGGACCGAUUAUACUAUCACAGAUCGAGAACGAGUACAAGCUGGUGGAAGCAGCUUUUCGUGAGAGAGGACCAGCUUACGUUCGUUGGGCUGCAAAAAUGGCUGUAGGGCUUGAAACGGGUGUGCCCUGGGUUAUGUGUAAGCAAGAUGAUGCCCCUGAUCCAGUGAUAAAUACAUGCAAUGGGAUGCGAUGUGGAGAAACAUUUGCAGGACCCAACUCCCCCAAUAAACCAGCAUUAUGGACCGAGAACUGGACGAGUUUCUUUCAAACAUUUGGUGAAAAACCCUACCUGAGAUCUGAGAAAGAUAUUGCAUUCCAUGCUGCAUUGUUCAUUGCAAAGAAAAGAGGAAGCUACAUAAACUAUUACAUGUAUCAUGGAGGUACCAAUUUUGGAAGAACAGGCUCUGAAUAUGUAACCACAAGUUAUUAUGAUAAUGCUCCUCUGGAUGAGUACGGUCUACUUAAUCAACCAAAGUGGGGUCAUCUUAAGGAAUUACAUGCCGCAAUAAAAUUAUGUUCGGAGCCUUUACUUUCAGGAACACAAUCUACAGUUCCUUUGGGUCAGCAACAAGAAGCUUAUGUCUUCAAUAUGAACUCUGGAGAAUGUGCUGCCUUUCUGGUGAACAAUGGCAAGAGACGUGUCAAUGCUCUCUUUAAUAAUUUUACAUAUGAUUUGCCUCCAAAUUCAAUCAGUAUCCUGCCAGAUUGCAAGACCACAGUCUUCAACACUGCAAAGGUAAGCACACAAUAUAAUAAAAGAUCAGUGAUCUCGAGCCAAACUUUCAAACAAUGGAGCGAGUACAAAGAAGUCAUCCCCAAAUUCCAGGACACUUCAUUAAGAGCAAAUACAUUGUUAGAGCAAAUGAGUACAACAAAAGCUGCGUCUGAUUAUCUUUGGUACACUUUCAGGUUUCAGAAUGAUAACUCAAAUGCUCAAUCUGUACUGAAUGUUGGAUCUCGCAGCCACAUUCUCCAUGCAUUUGUAAAUGGAGAGUUUGUAGGAUCUGCACAUGGUAGUCACAACAGCAAGAGCAGAGCUUUCUCCCUGGAGAAUAACAUAAUGUUAAGAAAGGGGACAAACUACAUCUCCUUACUCAGUGUCAUGGUUGGCUUGCCGGAUUGGGGAGCAUAUCUGGAGCAUAGAGUUGCAGGCUUGCGCAGAGUAAGAGUUCAAAGCAGAGACUUCACUAAGUCCCCAUGGGGAUAUCAGGUUGGGUUGUUAGGAGAGAAACUACAAAUUUAUACAAAUCUUGGAUCAAGUAAAAUUCAAUGGAGUGGUGUUGGAAGCUCUACUCAACAACGACUUACAUGGUAUAAGACUGUAUUUGAUGCACCUGCUGGAUAUGAACCUCUUGCAUUGAACCUUGGUUCCAUGGGAAAGGGAGAAGUUUGGAUCAAUGGCCAGAGCAUCGGCCGAUAUUGGGUAUCAUACCACACCUCAGAAGGAAAUCCUUCACAAACAUGGUACCAUGUGCCUCGAUCUUUUCUCAAGCCCAAAGACAACCUAUUAGUUUUACUAGAAGAAGAAAAUGGGAACCCCUUUGGGAUUUCCCUGGACACAAUUUCAAGAAAAAAAGUAUGUGGGUUUGUGUCUGAUUCCAACUUGCCCCCAGCUAAUUCCUGGAUGAGAGACAACUCAAGCAGAAUAAUCUAUCAAAAGAAACCUCAUAGAAGACCUGCACUUCGUCUCCAGUGUCCUCCAAAUAGUACCAUAUCAAAGAUCUUAUUCGCAAGCUUUGGAACACCUUUAGGGGAUUGUGAGAAUCAUGCUAUUGGAAGCUGUCACUCAUCUAAUUCCAGAACCAUUAUUGAAAAGGCCUGUCUAAGGAAGAGUAAAUGUUCCAUCAUUGUAUCAAAUCAUACUUUUGGUGGUGAUCCAUGUCCUGGCAAGCCCAAAGCUCUAUUGGUUGAUGCACAAUGCACGUGA